UGGGACCAAGGCUUGGCCGUACUAUAUAUAUCGUAGUUAGGGUUUUUCUAAGCCUCUUUGUUCGCGGUAGAGGCCAAUCAGGUAAGGCAACCGAUACCGGCGGGUAGCAAGACAGAGGGCUCCGCCGUCUCGCCGCCGCUCUACAAAGAUGGGGAUUUCUCGAGAUUCGAUGCACAAGAGGCGUGCAACUGGAGGCAAGAAGAAGGCCUGGAGGAAGAAGAGAAAGUAUGAGCUUGGUCGUCAGCCUGCAAAUACUAAGCUCUCAAGCAACAAGACAGUGAGGAGAGUUCGUGUGAGAGGAGGCAAUGUUAAGUGGAGGGCCCUAAGAUUGGACACUGGGAAUUACUCGUGGGGUAGUGAAGCUGUCACCCGAAAAACACGUAUCCUCGAUGUGGUUUACAAUGCCUCUAACAAUGAGCUUGUCAGGACACAAACCCUUGUGAAAAGUGCAAUUGUUCAGGUGGAUGCUGCUCCAUUCAAGCAAUGGUAUCUUCAGCACUAUGGUGUUGACAUUGGUAGGAAGAAGAAGGCAGCUGCAAAGAAGGAAACCACUGAGGAAGGAGAAGGGGCUGCAGAGGAAACAAAGAAGAGCAACCAUGUUCUCAGGAAGCUUGAGAAGCGCCAGGAAGGCCGUAAGCUAGAUGCACACAUCGAAGAGCAGUUUGGCAGUGGAAGGCUGUUGGCUUGCAUCUCGUCCCGACCUGGUCAAUGUGGCAGGGCAGAUGGGUAUAUCCUGGAGGGCAAGGAACUUGAAUUCUACAUGAAGAAGAUCCAAAGGAAGAAAGGCAAAGGUACCAGCGCCGCUGCUUAGUUGCAAAACUGGAUUGCCAACCCAUGUGAUUUCUGUUCUUGUGCCGGAAUUUGAGUUAUUUAGCUUUGCUGCUUUUUGAUUGCUGUCUUAGGACAAAUGAGUUGAUGAGAAAAUACUGGAAGAUGUCUGAUUUCUAGCUAUAAAUGAGAGAUGAAUUUGCUUUUGCUCA